AGAGUAUUGCGAUUGGCUGGAACAUCUGAUUUUCGGAAGAACAUUUACAAGAGGGAAAUUUUCAAAUCGAGAAGAGGCGCUCCUGAGAACAGCGGAGAGGGUGUUCACAACACAAACAAUGCAAAGACCGGGCAAAGGGAAGACGCCUCGGAGGCCUGGGCCAAAGAAGGCGUCCAACACAGAGAGAGAUCCUGUGGGAGUGUACUGCCGUAUACGGCCCCUUGGAUCAGAGGAUGAGGAAUGCUGUGUUGAGAUGAUCAGCAGCACCACCAUUCAGCUGCAUGCUCCUGAUGGCCUUAAAGCUAACCGAAAUGGGGAAUACAAGGAGACACAGUACUCCUUUAAGAAAGUAUUCGGUAUUAACACCACUCAGUUGGAGUUGUUUGAGGAUGUUGCCAAGCCGCUGGUAGAGGAUCUAAUUCACUGUAAAAAUGGUCUGCUGUUUACGUAUGGUGUUACUGGAAGUGGUAAGACCUUCACUAUGACUGGCUCACCUGGGGAAGGUGGUCUUCUCCCCCGUUCUCUAGACAUGAUCUUCAACAGCAUCGGACCCUUUCAGGCUAAAAGAUUUGUGUUCAAACCAGAUGAUAAAAAUGCCAUGGAGAUCCAGAGUCAAGUUGAUGCUCUCCUCGAGAGGCAGAAGCGAGACAGUCAGCAGGCAGUUCCCAAAACGCCGUCUUCUAGGCAGAAGCCUGACCCUGAAUUUGCAGAUAUGAUCAGUCCAGAUGAGGCCUGUAAAUCGGAGAAUGUGGAUGAAGACGGUUGUUACAGCGUGUUUGUUUCCUACAUCGAGAUCUACAACAACUAUAUCUACGAUCUCCUUGAAGAUGCUCCGUAUGACCCGAUCAGACCAAAACCACCUCAAUCUAAGAUUCUACGAGAAGAUCAGAAUCAUAACAUGUAUGUGGCUGGCUGCACAGAGGUGGAGGUAAAAUCAACAGAGGAAGCUUUUGAAGUCUUCUGGAAGGGACAAAAGAAGAGGAGGAUAGCCAACACUCAGCUCAACCGUGAAUCCAGCCGCUCCCACAGUGUCUUCACAAUAAAACUGGCCCAGGCACCACUAGAUGCUGAUGGGGACCACAUACUGCAGGACAAAAACCAGGUAAAUGUGAGCCAGCUGUGUCUGGUUGACCUGGCCGGCAGUGAGCGCACUAACAGGACCAGAGCAGAGGGAAGCCGUCUCCGUGAAGCGGGAAAUAUUAACCAGUCCCUGAUGACGCUGCGCACGUGUAUGGAAGUCCUGCGUGAAAAUCAGAUGUGUGGAACUAAUAAGAUGGUCCCAUACAGAGACUCUAAAGUUACCCAUCUAUUUAAAAACUACUUUGAUGGGGAGGGAAAAGUCAGGAUGAUUGUUUGUGUCAACCCAAAUGCUGAUGAUUAUGAAGAGACUGUGCUGGUGAUGCGCUUUGCAGAAAUGACCCAAGAGGUAGAAGUGGCACGGCCGGUUGACCGUCCAAUCUGUGGCCUUGCUCCUGGACGCAGGCACAGAAACCAGGCUUUCAGAGACGAGCUCUCACGUCGUCUGGAAGAACGAGGAGGCCCUAGCAAUGCUGUAGAUGACCGAGUUCUGAUGACUCAGUUUAUAGAAAGCCUACCAGAUUUACCUACUUGCGAGCUGGUGGACCCAGCUGAUGACCAGACGCUGCCCCGCCUGAUUGAGGUCCUGGAAAGGAGGCAUCAAAUCCGACAGAUGAUGACAGAACAAUUCAAUAAAACCGCUAAUACAGUGAAAUCCAUGCUGCAGCAGUUUGACAGCCAGCUCAGUGCAAAGGAUUACUUCCUCCAUGAUCAACAGAGCAAACUGAAUGAAAAAGACAAAGUCAUUCUCAGUCAGAAGACAGAGAUAGAACGACUGGAGAAAAAGUCCAAAACAUUGGAGUAUAAGAUCGAUAUCCUGCAGAAGACGACGGACAUGUACGAGCAGGACAAACGUGCACUUCAGCAGGAGCUGGAGACCCGGGAGCAGAGGCUACAGAGCGAGCUGUCAGAGAGGAAGCGCAUGGAGCAGCGCAUGCAGGGCGUGGUGACGGACACCAAACUCAAGUGGGAGAAGGAGUGUGAGAGACGGGUGAACGCAAAGCAGCUGGAGAUGCAGAACAAGCUGUGGGUAAAGGAUGAGAAGCUGAAGCAGCUGAAGGCCAUAGUGACGGAGAGCAGCAGCGGUGGCAGCGCUCCCACUGAGCGUCCAGAGAAGCCCGAGAGGCCCUCAAGGGAGAGAGAUCGAAACAUCCAACAGAAGAGGUCUCCCUCUCCACUUCCUGAUUUCAGCCAAACUCCUUCCCACCAAAAUAAAGCCAGAGUUAGGGUGUUUCAGGACCCCACCUCCACUCCAUCCUCCUCUGACUAUCCUUCAGUAGCCUCCAGCAUCUCUAGGUGGGAGCAGAGGUUCCCUGUAGAUUCAGACAGCCAGAAUAGGUUCACCGGGACUCCCCAAUGCAGGAGCCGGACUCCGGCCCCAUGCCACAGCACCAGCAGUGUGGGUCACAGGAGAGGCCAGCGCAGGGCCCCAGGCACUGAGGUCCCUGCCACCACUCUUGUCUAUGGACUAGACCUAGAGGCAGGCACAAGGAAGGCUCUUCCAGUUCAUCCAAAACACAGGCGUUCACACUCUGCCGGUGGGGAGAAAUGGGUAGACCACAAACCACCUUCUAAUUUGGAGUUAGACACUGUCAUGCAGCCAAUCAUACCCAAUGCAAUCAAGGUGUCCACCCCAAGCGAGAAGGCUCUGUCUAAAUGCCACAAGUAUGUGCUUAGACAUCAAGAGCUUGCCUCUGACGGGGAGAUCGAAACCAAACUGAUUAAGGGCAAUGUGUUUAAGACCAGAAGUGGCGGACAAACUGUGCAAUUUACAGACAUUGAGACUCUCAAACAAGAGUGCCCAUUAGCACCAAGUCGCAAAAGGCGAUCAGGAUCUGCAGAAGGACCAGCUGAAGUGGAGGACAUAGAAAACAGGGCUCCAGUGGCUAGCACAAAUUCAUCCCAUGGGUAUCAAAAACGCAGAAAGCCUUAAAUUGCCCUCAAUAUUUUCAUCUUGCUUUUAACAUACAAGAGUGGGUAAUCAUGAGGAAAUUGAAGGGAAACUAUGCAUCUUUUCGAUACCAAGUUGGGUCUUUUGUUUGUUUUUUUUUUUGUUUUUUAAUAUAUCUAUCACAUCUUAUUAGGAAUUAUUUUGGUGGAAUUUUUCAUUUUUUCAGAACUAGAGUAAUGUUGAAUAUUUAAGUUGUAAUUGCUGCAUUUGUGUUACUUUUUGAAUUCUGGAAAUAUUUCUCCUUAAAAACAUUAAGAAAGUUAAAAACACUCAACAAAUGGAAGCUUUUAUGCUUUUGAAUGCUUUGUACUAUCCAAAGACGACCAUAUGUCUCUAUAGACCUGUUGUAUCUGCUUCUUUUUUUUUUUUCCUAUGUCAUUGUUUUUCUUUUCAAAGGUCAUUGAUUGAUCAAAUGUCAGACUAAGCAUAUUGCUGAUUAUUAAAAAAAACACAUUUUAGAUUAUACUGUGUAGAAUUGAAACUGUAAAUAUUACACCAUUAUGUAGGUUUUGAACUCGAUCCCUGGCCUGCAUGUAAAUAGGUGUCGUGGAAAUUUUUACUUUGGCUUAUUGAAACAUCUCCUAAGACAUGUAGCACACUGCUCUUUCUGGUGGCAUUAAAUUCAUUCAAACACCAACA